ACUCCUGCUGCUCCCCCGGUGCGGUGCCUCUGCCCGCCGUGGGGAGGGGGAAGCUCGCUCCGGCGCUCGCUCUCACACGCCCGCUGCUGGGGGGACCGGAGAGCUGCGCCCUGCGGGUGGCGCAUCGGUGCGCGGGGGUCCCCCCCUUCCCUAGCUCGUGGAGCGUCCCCAGCCCGCCGGGGAGGAGGAGAGGGCCCGGGGCGGCCAGCAUGCGGUAGCCCCGGGCGGGAGGAAGGAAGGGGCUCCGGACGGGAGACGCCUGUCAUGUUGGCCGGGCUGCUCCUGGGGGCUGCCUGUGUGUCCCUGGUCCUCCCGGGCAGCCCGGGCAGAGCCUAUCCCGGCAGGAAGAAGGCGCCCAGCUUUGCCGCGGACAGGCACCGUGUGGGGCCGCAUGUUUGCCUCUCGGGCUUCGGGAGUGGAUGCUGCCCCGGGUGGAUGCCAUCCCCAGCCAGCGGGCAGUGCACUCUGCCACUCUGCUCCUUCGGCUGUGGCAGUGGCUGGUGCAUCGCCCCCAACGUCUGCUCCUGCCGGGACGGAGAGCAGGGCAUCACCUGCCCAGAUCCGCCCAGUGCCUGUGGGGAGUACGGCUGUGACCUUGCCUGUAACCAUGGUGGCUGCCAGGAGGUGGCCCGUGUUUGCCCGCUGGGUUUCUCCAUGGCAGAGACGGCCAACGGCGUGAGCUGUACAGACAUCGACGAGUGCCUGAGCGCCUCCUGUGAGGGGCUGUGCGUCAACACCGAGGGAGGCUUUGUGUGUGAGUGUGGCCCAGGCAUGCGGCUCUCCGCCGACCGGCACAGCUGCCAGGAUACAGACGAGUGUCUGGCCACCCCGUGCCAGCACCGGUGCAAGAACAGCAUUGGCAGCUAUCGGUGCUUCUGUCGCCCCGGCUACCACCUGCACAGCAACCAGCACUCCUGCCUGGAUGUCAAUGAGUGCCGACGGCCCAGUGAGAGGCGCCCCUGCCAGCACGCCUGCCACAACACGCCAGGCAGCUUCCUGUGCACCUGCCACCCUGGCUACCGGCUCAGCGGGGACAGGGUGUCCUGUGAAGGUUUCCUGAAAACCAUCCCGGCCCCGUCUCCCAUCCUGCAGUCCCUGCAGCACCCCCCAACUCUGCUGCUGCUCCCUCCCGACUCUGGGGGACCCCUGCUGGCCCCCAGGGCCUCCCCUCCUUCCCAAGCCCCUGCCCCCAGCCCCCGGCCCCCUUCCUUGCUGACUGCCCCACCACACAUAUCCGCCUUGCUCCCGGCUGCCACUGCUGCCCCUGGUGCGUUCUCGCCACUGCCACCAUCGCUGUUCCAAGGGGCAGUCCUGGUGCCCUCGCCUCGUCCUUCUGCUUCUCUGCCGCCCGCCCUCACCACCUCGCCUCCCCCUUGCUGGCACCAGGGGGCACUGCGGGAGCACAGCAGCCAUUGGAUGGAACCCGGGUGCCUGCAGUGUGCCUGCGAGGGGGGCCAAGUGGUGUGUGAGGCGGAGAGCUGCCGGAUUGCCUGUUCUCACCCGCUGCCCCCGAAGGACAGGGGUUGCUGCCCCAGCUGCACAGGCUGUUGGCACGAGGGGGUCGCCCGGGCCGAGGGGGAUGUGUUCUCUGUGGCUGACGGGAAUUGCACAGUCUGCAUGUGCCUGGCCGGCAAUGUGUCCUGCAUCUCCCCUGAGUGCCCUCCGGGCCCCUGCCCCAGCCCUGCCCAGGCCGACUGCUGCUCCUGCCAGCCAGCCACGUGCGAUUUCCACGGGCGCACAUACAUGCACGGCACCGAAUUCGGCUUGGAUGGAGACAACUGCACCACCUGCAUCUGCCGGAGUGGCGAGGUGGAGUGCUCCUUCGCGCCCUGUCCCGAGCUGGCAUGUCCCCGCCAGGACUGGCUGCUGGCCCCGGGGCAGUGCUGCUUCUCCUGCCAGGAGCCUGCAUCAGUAUCAGGUUGCUUCGUGGAUGACAAUGGGGUAGAGUUUCCGAUCGGACAGAUUUGGUCUCCGGGUGAUCCCUGUGAGUUAUGCAUCUGCCAGGCAGACGGCUCGGUGAGCUGCAAGAGGACAGACUGUUUGGAGACGUGUCCUCACCCCAUUCAAAUCCCUGGCCAGUGCUGCCCGGACUGCUCAGCAGGCUGCACUUACAUGGGAAGGAUCUUCUACAACAACGAAAUCUUCCCUUCUGCCCUAGACCCCUGCCUCAGCUGCAUCUGCCUGCUGGGCUCUGUGGCUUGCUCCCCUGUGGACUGUAUCAUCUUCUGUAUGUAUCCAUUCCACCCGGAGGGAGAAUGCUGCCCUGUCUGUUAUGAUUGUAACUACGAAGGCAGGAAGGUGGUGAAUGGACAGACGUUCAUACCAGAGGGUGAGCCCUGCAUUCACUGCACUUGCCAGCUGGGGGAGGUGAGCUGCGAGAGGAGGCCCUGCGCCCAGUCCUGCACUGAACCCUCGGCACUUCAUGCCACCUGCUGCCCUGCCUGCCAAGACGCCCCAGUCCCUCGGGAGAGCAGCCUUGGCCCUGUCCACAUGGAUGACGCAGAGGUUGGGAAAUCCGCAUCCCGCAAUCCCAGAGAGAACUCCAUGGCCCACCCCAGGGCCAGUGACUGCCGCCUCUGCCCCAGUACCCCGGCUCCUGCUUCUCCCAGCCCAGAGCGCCAGCUCCUUGCAGGAAGGAAUACGCUCCACUGGGAUGCUGGGCCUGUGAACACGGCUGGGCCCCCUCCAGCUGGGCCAAGGUCCUUUGGAUACCGUACGGCUCCCUCGGGUUCUUCUCUGCACCCCAUUGUUCUGAUGGAAACCUCUGGGCCGGGGACUGCAGUUCCAAGCCCCGAUCAGCCCCCUUCACUCACCCCUGCAGGGCCCAGAACUGCCCUCCUGACCCUCACCCCCUUGGUCCCUGCUCCUCAGAAGCAUUCUACGGUCCCAUCAGAGGGAGCGGAGCCACCCCCGCGUGAGAAAAGCACUCCUACCCAGCCAGCUGCAUAGUGCCCCUUGCCGAGGGGAUGGGGAGUGCCCAGCCCGUCACAGCAGUGUGAGGAGGAGGAGGAAGCCGGCAGGAGUGAUGAGCUUGAUCGAACAGGGUAGGGGAGGGAAAGGAAGCGUCACGUUGUUCUGAGCAACAUGUAUGGGAAGAACCACUGCCUCUUCCCCUGCCAGUGCCCUGCCCGCUCCCUCCCUGGAUCCCGCUGGACAGCAGACGCCUCAGAAGGAGCAACGUGUGGGCCGCUCCACACCAUGCUGGUGGAGAGGAGGCGGCUUGGCCCUGGCCCAGCUGCCUGAGCAAUCUCAGGAGAUGAGGGGUGCCAUGAUGCUCUGGGAGGACAUGGUGCCUAGCUGAGGUACCAUGACUCAAGAUUUUCCAGGCAUGUGUGAGCUGCCAGCCUCCUUACAGCCAAAGUGCGGGAGGAGAUGGGGAAGGGCUGAGAGCAUGCUGCAGCUCCCUGCAUCGGGUGGGACGUGCCCACCUGGUCCCAAGGGACGAUCCCUGUGCAGGGCUCCUGAGACAGGUGAAUCUCCCCACCCUCUGGGGUGGUCCCUGCCUCAGCCAAGCCCGGGGCCCCUGGCUCCAGGGCCCCUGGCUCCAGGGCCCCUGGCUCCAGCCCCAAGAUCUCCCGCCACUUCUUGCAGACUCGUGUUUAAAUCUGAGAGCUGAGAUUUCAAAACUUCCUAAGGAAUUGAACACCCAGUUCCCAACUGGGCAUCCGGAUCCCCUGGGCUGCUUUGCAAUUCCCACCCUAGAUUCCUUAGGGCUGCUGGGAGGUUUUCCCAAGCUACCCCUGAUGGACAGGUUCUGAUCAGCCAUCAGGGCCAGCCUCCCAUUUCUAUGGUGAAUAGUAAUAAAGUUUUCCCUUCUAA